AUGGACAAGCUGAUUACAGAGAUAAAAACAAUACGGCGUGAUCAAGAUCCCGUUCUGACGGCUCGAGAGCAGAAAUUUAACGAUGCCGGCUCAGAAACCAAAGAGCCUACGCCAAUCGCGGAGUCGAGUCCAGACAUCUCGUCACCAACACAUAUUUUGUCAACAUUGAAGUCGAAUCCCAGCCAAAAUGAGCUCUCCCAAGUCAUAUUUGCUCUAGACCCAUUUAGAAAGGGUGUUUCCGCAACUACUUUCGACAUCAGAGUGCCAAGUCCAGUAUCAGCCCAGCUCAUCAAUGCUCUCGUCGGCACCACAAUUCCGGACCAUUGGCAAUCUAUCGGUGCAAGAUCAAAAGGUUCUUUUACCAAUAAUAACAAGCUCCAGGCUGCGCUUCUGAGGUGUCUCAGCAGUGUCCCAGGCAUCAGUUGCUUGGUGACGCAGCUCCGUUCGCUCAUUUCCCAGUCGCGGGCAUCAUCCCAACAAGCAGACGCAUCAGGAAGCGGAAUCCGGAUUAGGAACAUUCUAGAGGUUAUUUCUGCCUUGCUGGAACCGACCGACUUGCUCUGGCGUCUCUACACCGACAUCGGUGCGGCCUACAGCAAUGGUACUCAAAGGCAAGUCUCUUGGAAAGAACUUACCUCCCAGAUUGCGGGUGGUAGAGUUCUUUCGGUGGCAGCAGAAGCUAUUCCACUUGCUGGAGGAUCUGAUGUUCCCGCGAAAACUUCUUGGAUUGGGACCGGAUCACAAUAUGCUUCGUGGUUGGGAACCAACAUCUACCACAUGGCCUCCAAGCUUAACAUCGGCGAUGAGGAACAGUGGAAAGCUCUCGCUUCUCUCACAGGAAGAGCAUUGAGUCUCGGGUAUCCUGAUCAUCUAGUGCGGGAAAUUUACUUUAAUCUCCUCAUUAAUCAACAGCUCGCAAAACAGUAUUCUGCACUUUUUGAUCAUCUACGAUGGACAGAACAGCUCAGUAUGCUUGAAGCUAUUUUUCGUGACAUUGAAAAAAAGUACUUCCCAACUGAAAACUUCAGCGGAGACAAGAUGGACCUAGACCAACCUAUCGACGGCAUCGCAGCUCUGUGUUCAGAUCUGAUAUCAAAGCGGACUAAUUUGGAAAGUCAAUUGGUAGAAUGGCUUUCCAAAGGCCAUGGUGGUUCUAUACAGACGGUCGCUCUGAAAAGGGCAGUAAUUGUGAAUUUAGCACACGAUAAGGGUACUAUUGCAACGUUGCUCAACAAAAGUCUCGAGCAGUCCGCAGACAAGAUAUACAUACAAUAUGCCCCAAUGAGGAGUCAAGAAGCGAACACUCAGGCCAUUCUUCUUGCUGCCGGCUAUCUCCAGCGCCUUGAUUCAGCUGAAAUGAAGAGCAUUGGGCGUACCAGCGUCUUUCUAAACGCUGUUUCGAAUCGUCUAGCAGCCGCUUCCACGCGAGCCCGUUUCCUAGGAAUGAUUGUCGGCACCGCCGUCUCACAGCUCAUUGAGCAGCCUGGGAAAGCAAUGAAAUUCGAUCUCGACGAGAUGGAAAGCAGCGAAGCUACAUGGUAUUUGAGUCUUAUACAAACAGAAGAUAAUGUAGGGUCCAUACAUUCCAUUAAAGCACGGAAGGAUACCGCGAAUGAGUCCCGACAAGGGCCACCUAAGGGCUCUGCUUCGGCCAUCUCCUCUCAUCCUCGAGUCAAACCUAAUAAGGGUGCAACGAGAAUUAUGGCGAUUGAGGAGAUAGAUGAUUCAAAUGAAGAAGAUGAAGACGAGGAGGAGGAUUUGAUCCCUUAUGAAAAACCCGAUGAAGAUCCCAUUGACGAGGACGAAGAUCCGACACUGGUACAACGGAACAAACCAUCUGCCCCAGUGUACAUCCUGGAUCUGAUAAACUAUCUCAGAGACACAGAAAACCUAGAACGCCAUGAGCUAGCAAUCACAACAGCUCCGGCGUUAAUCAGGCGCAAGACUGGUUUUGGCACAGAGCUUGCUGAGCAUAUCGAGGAGCUCGCACUCGUCCUUGUUGGACUUCAAGAGCAAAGCAAGUUUCCGAAAUUCCAUGAGCUCCGUCUACAAAGCAUUAUCGCACUGAUAGUAUCCCAACCCAUGAAGAUGGGCCGGUGGUUUGCCGCUGUAUUCUUUGACGGUGACCUUUCUCAGACCCAGCGAUCCACCGUUCUCACUGCCUUAGGCCUCAGUGCUCGAGAGGUAGCUGGUCUUGGGGCGGAUGACGCAAAAAAUAUGGGUCUCCCAGAAAUACCGGACUCCUCGUUUCCUUCCAAAAGGCUUCCUGCUAGCCUUGAAGCCGUCUAUCGUGGCGAUGAGUCCCCCAUUGCUAGCAUUACAAAGGGGAUCGCCCAGGCCUCACUUCAACCACUCGCGGCAGAUGCUGCAGAUUCAAUAUCUGGCCCAAAUGCGCUCAAGGUGCGCACUUUCUCUUCCCGCAUGGAAGUCGAGAAAAGACGUCAGCAACGCGAGGCGCACCGACAAAAGUCCACCGUGAAAGACCUAUACAAAGUACUCUCAGAAGGCUUCUUCUAUCCAUUGUCCGGCCGUUUCGAAAUCAUGAUAAUGCAAUUAACAUCCUCUACCGCCCCCUCCCACAACCCAUUCUUCGUCCCCCACCUCCUCUGCCUCUUCAUCCAAACACUCACACUCGUCCUCUCAACGAUGGGGCCGCACACCCCCUUCCUCCCGGCUCUAACCCAGCAAACGCUAACAUUCCUGCUUUCGCUUCACGCCCGCCCCGCCUCCGAGGAGCCGACCAUUCUAUCUUCACUCCUCUCGCUUUUCCUUGCGGCGAUUGACCUAAACGUUGAAUCUGGUACGUCUGGAGAAGAGCGGCUCGUCACCGAAUUUGCGCCGCAAGUUAUGGAGUUUAGGGAAUGGGUUGGGGAAAUAUUUGACCGUACGCCUGCAAUUCAGGACUCCAGUGAUCCUCGCGAGCAGGUAAGGACGCUAUCGGCGGGGGUUAUGGUGAAGUUGGGUGAGGUGAUUGAACGGUAUCAGGGGAGGCUUAUGGGUGUUAAUUCGGGGUUUAAAUAUUAA